AUGGUAGGAAAGAACAAGCAGCCACCGAAGAAGGCUGCUGCCAAGGCACCGGCUGCCCGAUCACCCCAGCCGAAGUCUCCCUCGCUAUGCAGGGAAGGCCUUCCGAGCGGUCCGAUCGCACCGACUACGGAAAGGCCUCCUGUUCCGCCGAUUCCCACGGAGCAGGAUGAUUCCAACAUGGGUACCGAUGAAGUCCCUGUCCCGAUUCAGACCCCGAGAGACGAGUCUACAGGGGGUGGAAAGCGCUCCGAGGACAUUCCGAUAGGAUUGAAGAUGAAGACGAUGAUGCUGAAGAUUGGGAUUCAAGAGAUCCCACAGGCAUCAAUCUGGCAACGCCUCGAGCAGCUGACAUGCAACUCUGGGUACGAUCUUAAGCUGCACCAGCUGGUUGACUCCUUCCUUCUCACUACUCAUCCGCUUGCGGAUAAGCAGAGGAAGCAGUACCCCCAAGAGUUUAUGGACUUCAUCGACCGAUACAGGGUGAUGUGCGCUCUUGCAUUUUCCCGAGUGGCGACGCUAUCCGGUGACGCCGCGGGGGUCCGCGAGAAAAUGGACCUUUCGAUGGCGCUGGCUCGCCACUGUAUGCUUUUCCAAGCGCAAAGCUUCAAGGGAUCCCGAGAUAUGCUGAGCAACGAUACGCUCCAGCUCAUGGGAACCUGCUACAUCCCGUCGCCUCUUGCGAGCUGGAACCGAAAUCUCAUGGGAUAUAGCAGUUCGACUGCUGAACAGCGAUGGUUGAGGACCGACACGAGUAUCAAACACAACGACCUCACCAGGCUGUCGCCCAUUGAGUUGUCAAGGGAGGUGAUCAGCCCGGCUGAAGCUGUGAAGUUCUUCAAGGGAUUUCUACAGCUCAGGCCGACGCUAUCCUUCAUCCCUGGCACAUUUCUGGCACUCAAGGCUCUUAACCGAUUUCCCACGCUGGACUCUUUGAAAGAGCAAGCGACUCACCUCGAUAACGAUCGCAAGGAACACGGCUACGAUCUCCCUGCCGUGGAUGCGAACGGGAUCGGGGAGGUGGCCGCCUUCCGCAACGAAGACGACGAUGAGAAUAACCCGUUGAUGCGCGGGUGGGUCUCGUUCAUGAAAGCGAUGGUUGAGACCUACCCCGGCCGAUGUGUUAGUAUCGAUGAUACGCUCAACUGGGGAGCCAGCACCCCUAUGACCUAUGAGGACGGUGCGGGGCAGACUACCAUCCGCCCGACUGAUGGAUGGGUGUAUGUCCCCGCGAUGAAUUCGGACAUAUACGAUCCUCAGGAAACGUUCCUUCACGGAACGAACCUCCGAUAUCUCUGGUCGAUUCUUGCGCACGGAGGCCUGUUCGGGGAGGAUUACGUGACGGACGAUCAUGGAAGUCACGAACCCUGCGUCUGGGUGACUGGAAACGCUUCCGAGGCUGCCGGUAGCUACGCGUCUGGCACAUACCUCGGUGGAGGAUACUGGUUUCAAGUGAUGAUCUGUGUCUCCCGGACUGUGGUGAACACCCACGGUCGCACGACAAAGAAGCUGGGAGGUUCCCAGAAGCAGAUCCGAGUCGGAACUAGAUUCCUCGAGCUGUGCGGGAUCGCGUUCAGGCCCUUCCGCCUCCUGGAUGACCGCGAGCAAGGGGUCUCUACCUCUCCGCACUAUGUCAUCCAUGGUCACCGAUUCCUCAGUGCCGACGGGACGAAAGCCGUGGCCUGGCACCCGUGGAUGGAGGCGAGCCCGAUUGAUCCUCGCAUUCUGAAGCUGCUGGGAGAAAGCAUCGCUCGCGAUAGCGUCGAGUUUGCCGACCUCAAGAUUCAGGGGGGCAACGAUGCUCAAAAGGUUGCUUCUACCGAGACAGAACAAUCUGGAGCGACCGCGGCUGACGAUCAGGCUGCGGGGGGUGGACGUGAGGCGACGGAGCGGGUCACUGUCAACCCGGCGGUGCUUCGCCGCAACCACUGGAUGCCUGACUCUUAUGGGACCAGUGAAAACGCCACUGUCGGUGGUAGGUAUGCCUUGCUAUCUGAACUUCAAUCCUCUAGCUACCGAUUUGAGCUUGCCCCAUUCUUUCAGCUUCGGGCACCCAUCAUGGGAGAGGAAGGGAGCCAAGGUUUGCCAAAGCCUGCAAGGCUAGAGACAAUUGUCGGAGGACCCUCCAAGGAAUGGGAGGCAUGGUGCAGACACUACCGAAAGGCAUACGGCGUCAUGCUCGGGAACUUCGGCUACACGCCCGCAAAGAGCCUCAAGAAUAUCCCGUACACCGAAGAAGGAACGACGGAUAUUGUUAGUGCACCGAUCUGGAGCCCGGCCGAUGCACUUGUGGCAGUAUCGAUCCAUGGGAUCAGAACGGUCACGACCAUGGCCUCCACGAUAGCAUUUGGAGGUGCACCGCCAACGAUCAAGCCGGCGGUGCCCAGCAAACCGCAGAAAUUCGUUGUUAUGCACGAUGGCCUGCUGUCCUUCAAAUCUACCAAAUCAUGGCACGAUGGUGAAAUGAACGCCCAUCUGAAGAACGCGCUGAGGGACUUUGGGUUCCCUGAUUCCGACGUGCGCGUGCAGGCAUGUGGCGAGGACAACAAGCUCAAGGAUAUGGUCGACACUCUCGCGAUGAUGCAGAGCGAGACCUCUAUCCCGCCUUCGAAUGUGCACGUCCUCAUCCUUUGGCGAGGACAAGAUCUGUGGAAGAUAGACCAGGGAUGGAACAAGCUAACUGGCGACAUCGAUAUGGCACGAUCUCAAUAUGCCAAAACGACCGCCCGGGAUGCUCUCGAGAAGUUCAACACGAUCUACGGAUCGGUGUCCCUUUGCGGUCCGGUGUCGCCGAGCAUGAUAUAUCUUCCGACUCUCCCUGGCCCUCUCUUCGAGAAAUACAGAGAGGAGAUGAGAUCGAUCUGGGACGCGAUCAGGAGGUCUAACCUCCUUACCCUAUCGUUUGACGCUAUCCUGGAAGGUCUGCCAUACCUGAAGGGAUAUCAUAUUAUGCAUGAGUCGAAGACGAUUGGGGUCCUGUGUACCCGCAUUUGCUCGAUGUUCACUCUAGCAGCUCUCGCACGGUUUCCGUCUUACGGGACCCGCCGGGAAUAUGAGAUCGCUGCCGAGAAGAUGUGGGCACGAACCCCAGUCCCGGAAGAGGUCUCGACGGGCGCGGUGAAGGCCAUUGUGCACUCCACUGUGCAGGACAUCAUCGAUGGUGCAGAUCGCGGCGCCGAUCAUCAAGCCGCAGAGACUGUCGAUAUGACUCGGCUUGGGUUCGAUGAUGACGACGACGACGAUAUGCCUGACGACGUGGGUCCGACCGCUCCCGGGAAUCCGAUCAAACAGGAACAGGGGACAUUGGCGGAUCUACCGGGCGUUCGUCAUCCGGAUCCGAUCGAGCUUCCGGCUACUCCCGUGCCUGGCGAGGCAAUGCCAGUGUCGCCUGGCCUUGCUCCGACUGCCAUGAAUGAUGAAGAAUCUGGCAGCAGUUCUGGUGAGAACGAUCAGCAAGGGGAUGGUGACGCGGCGAUGCCCGCAGUCAAAAAGGAGGAGUCCGAUGAGGAAUUCAAUGGGCUUCUCGAAGGAAUGACUGAGGAAUUCGCGAAAAUGCCCACUCCUCGAGAUGCCGAGCGAACUGUCGCUGCCAAUCGGGACGCUGCACGACCGCCUGCCGUGCCCUCGAUUCCUCUCUCUACGAUGAAGAAGCCGAAGCCGGUUGGUGGCGAGGAAGCCGCGGGGGUCACCGCCGACAAUCGACAAGCUUAUGCGCACUUCGAGAGCCAAGUCAGUAAAGCUGAAGCUCGCCGCGAGCAAGCUGCUGCAAUUAAAGCGCAUAUCGCUGAAGUGGCGAAGGGCGCCGCCGGUGUUGAAAAUGCCGAACAUCUUCGAUCCAUUGCCGAUGGGCUAGCCAAGGUCUUGGACCCGAACAUGAGCGAUGACAAUGUGUUUCAGGGUGCCUUGUAUCCCCCGGGUGACUAUGCGCUUGACGCUGUCACGAACCGACUGGCUCAAGGCAGACGUCGGGUUGAAUCGAACAGCAAUCUCAUCAGGGAGAUGGCCAGCGACCGAUUCACGCCUGUGCUCAUCAACCGAGACACUGGUGAGACUGUGUCUGCCAUCGAUGCACGAUGGACUCCAGAGUAUGGAAACAGGGGGGAGCUUGAAGCUAAGGUUGGUGCGAUCAUUUCCAACCUGGAUGCAGUGGUUGCAAGCAUGUCAACCCUCCCUGUGUUCCAUCCGCACAUUCCGUCGACGUAUGGUAUGGCUCGAUCGCUUCUCAACACGUACCAGUCGUUACAGAUUGCCAUCCGACACCGUGGCAUGGGUGCGAUGUCCUUUGAGCAGAUGGUAUUCAAACCAGAGGACCUUGAGGUUCCGACCCCCGAUGAUUGGCCGGACCUCAUCGCGCCUACCCCCGGAAAAGUCAUUCAGUCCAUGCGAGUUGCCCUGGUGAAUAACACAGCGGCGAGGUUGACGAGAGAGGACCUCAAGCUGCCGCCGGGCUUUGCCAUGCAGCGACGAGUGACCGAGUUCCGCAAACCGGACGAAGACCCGGUGCAGAGCCUAAUGGGGCUCACCGAUGAUUUGAGCUAUGGCACUAUUGGCCGAACUGGGGAUGACAGAUUGUCACAGCUCCACCGCAGUGUUGCGGUACAGCUGCGAAACACUGCAGGUUUCAUUGCGAACGAGUUCCAGAGGCAUGCUCGAUCUAUUGCUGCAUCCUCCUCGCGUCGCAGUGACGCCUCAGGCGCUCUGAGUAGUCAGGGCGAAGGCGCGGCGGACAACGAUCUUCCGUCCACCGACCAGGCCAGUGCCGCUUCUGUGCGCACAGCACCACCGCCCCCGCCAAGCAUGGCUCCUCCUCCUCCGCCUACAGCGGCAGCACCUCCAAGGGCGUCCGAAGAGAGUGCAAAGGAGGAUGACGAUGACACCAAGAUGGAUGAUGACACGGCCGAUCAGUUGCCCGAGCAGAAACCCGAGGAGGACGCUGAUAUGGGUGGCGGAGAGGAGCUGCGAGACGAGGUCCCCGGCAAGGCCCCGCCACCAGCUGCCCGAACCGCUGAGAACCCUCCGGAAACCGGCGUGCGUUCCAGUCCUCCGAAUAUCAUGCCUGCUCAGAGUGCCGUGCUUUCAGGUGCUAGCGGACCGGAAAUCGAUAUUGAUCCGGCCAGCACCACAGCCGAUCAGGCGGCAAAUGAUCCGAGAAACUGCCGGAUCGAGGGCCCUGGUAUCAAGGCGACAACGAUUCAUCGCCCUGAUCAGAUGCCCGAAAGGGGUAUUGACUCCAUUGCGCCGAUCGUACAGUAUGAAAUGACGUCUGUCCCGAUUGCACUGCCAGAUUUCGUCGUUCCGGGACUCGACAUGGGCAUCGAUGACUCCGUCCAUGGUCGACUGGUCUCUGCGACCUGUCUCCCACCGACUGACGAGCAGCGCAAGUAUUCGAGACGCCGAUUUGCAAUGCUGUCCUCGAAUCAGACAGUGUACUUGGAUACGGCGCUUCACAAGAAACCGCUUAAAGGAGAACACGAUUCUUUCCUCCGACCGGAAUCUUAUGAGGAUUGCCGCGAUAUCCAUGAAGCUGUCCGAGCAUACAAUGCCAAGGAGGCGACAUACCGAUCUAUCGGCGGAACAUCAGUGUCAUGCAGCCGAUUGCUCAUCGAUGACGCACAAAACAUUCCUGCUGCCAGGAUUCCGGACGCAGGCAUGAUCAGUUUGGUGCGUAAGCUGCUGUUCCGAGUGCUGACGCAAACUAAGGAGUAUCCCUCCUCGACUGCCGUCGGAGCACAGAAUCGCCCCCAGGACAAAGAGAGGGGCGUUCCAUUGUAUUCAUUUCUCGACCAGAGUGGCAUCAUCGCUUUCGAUGUCAUUCCGAUGUACAUGGAACGCGAGAGGGAAUACAUGAAGGCCAACGCUGGCGAGUUCAGCGGCCGGACGCUUCUCCAGACUAGCAUUCUGGACGAUGACGAUAAGCCGAGUGAGCUCACCGUCCAGUGCAUUACGGAAAUUGCUCGAACGGACAACAACCGAAUGUUUGAGUUCUUCUACUCGACGAUCAAUGACGAUGGAAGUCCUCAAUUUGUUGGCAUCCGAGCAACCUAUGGUUUCGGCCCCGAUAAUUUCAACCGAUUCCGACUGCUGACCAAGUGUCAGCACGGGCCAUUCACUCAGCUCGCUCAGGAACACUAUGUCAAUGGCGAGAGGAGACGAAAUGUGGUCCGCUAUCAUCCCCAGUACGGAUGGGGAUGCGCAACGAUUCGCGAGUUCUUCGGAUACAUGAACGAUUGCAAGCUCAAUCCCCCAAAGGGGCAGCUCUUCCUCACACUGCUCCCGUAUGCCCCUGGAUCUGGGAAGAACAACGAGUGGGAAGAGGUAUACAUGAACGUCCGAAUGAACCCGGGACGCGAGACGCUCUCGAACACCGCAUCAUCACAAAGCAUGCUCCCCGAGGGUAUGGGAUCCAACCGCAUGAUUGUGUUUGCGAUUGAUUUGCACAUGAUUGCAGCAGGUAUCAAUCCGAUUACAUUCCAUCCGAGAGGGUACUAUGCGAUCAAGGACAGUAUCCCUCUCGCAUGUAUGCCGAUUGCAUACUUCAUGGAUACGGGGUCUCUAGUGUUCAACACGGCCUUCAAAUACGUCGGAGGCCCGAAGUUUGGCACUGGACCCAAGAGGGGAGACCACAGACGAGAAACGUGGCCACUCGCUAGCUUCGACUGCCCCAUGUGCGGAGCUGCAUUCCCUGUUGGUCUCCACAUGUGUCACUCUUGCACUAAGCCGAUUCACUAUCCUGAUGGGAUGUUCUACGCCGAUCCUGUGAACCCCUUCCAAGUCGAAUAUUACGGAAGUCAUGCUGAGUGGCUCAAUGAUCUGAUCGAGCGAAACAAGCUUACCGAAUUCAAGCUUCACGAGUUUCCUGCGAUCAAGCAGCUGAGGAAUUUCCCGGUGUCUAGGUCCCUCGCUGAGGACCAUAGGCAGACCGCAUUCUUCGGAGUGCCACCGAUCAAAUGCACCGCUGCUGACACAUCGCCGAAGGAAGUGGAACUGUUCAAGAGAAGCGUGCGCGGUACGAUUCAGGGCGCCAUUCGCUUGGACAUUUCCAUUGAGAGACUCGUUGCCGGUAUCACUGGCAAGGAAGCUCGAUGUGGAGUAGAAGACUUCUUCAACUCACAGUCGAUUGCGUGUGCUGCCACGAUUGUCAAGCAUUUUGGAGCGAUCUUCGCCACAUGUCGCGAAAAGCCAUUGUGCUACUAUGCACGUUGGUCGAUUCAUUGCCAGCGCGCAUAUCGAGUCUGCCUGUCGCGAGGAUAUCUCUCCCCCUAUUACACAGGUGUGACGGUCGAUUAUACCGUCGACCAAGAGAUGGCAGAAAAGAUCCGACUUGCUCAUCUGCCCCUGCAAAACGCCAAUUUGGCGAUGAGGCGGCACAUUCGGCUCUCCACCGAGUUUGGAACGUUGGAUGAAUUCCGUGCCACUAUCACGGAUACGCAAAAGUAUCAACGUUACAUGCGUGUCGACAGUGAGAGCCUUUCCGCGCUCCUGGCCAAGGUUACACUUACGACAUGCUACGGCAUUCCGACAAAAGGUGAGCCUGGCUAUAUCUCUGACGAUGAAGCAGAAGAGAUCGAAGGAGCCGCAGCGGCAAGCGAGAAGCCCAAAGGGAAAGGCAAAGGAGAAGACGAAUCCAACGUCCAAGCCAUCAACUGGCGUGAGUUAGAUCCCUUAGGACGGAAGCUUAUUCCGCAUCACUCUGACCCCCGAUUCACGAUUAUUGCUGAGGGGAAUACGGCACUCCUUGAUGCACCCGAAACGCCGGAAGAGACGCGUAAGGAAUUCAAGGAGUUCGUUCGCGAUCACUCUGUCAAGAUCAAAGAAUACUUUGACGAUGAUCGUGCGACAGAGAAGACAUUCUUCAAUCUUGUUGAAGGAGUCAAGGAUCAGCUUCCCGAUGCAAACAGCACUGACCCGCUUCUGAUGAAAAGGACUGAGGACGUCUUCGAGGCUCUCCCCGAUGAACUGGAUGAUCCUCCGAGAGUGUUCGAUGUUGCGGCUCGCCAGGCACGACGGCGAGACCCUGCACCUCAGCGCAGAGUACAGGUCACCGAGCAAAGACAAGCGCCGAUUCCCGAGGCUCAUGCCGUUCCCAUUCCUACGGAUGACGAGGAUGAGGAUGAUACUGAGCUCGAUCGAGCGGUACGACCCGAUCCAUCAUCGCAGCGUACCGGACGAGAGCAUCUCGGGGGUGUCGCUCCCGAGACGGCUCCGCCACCGCCUCAUAACAUGCCGCCGCCAUCCCAUUUGCCGACUCGAAAAUCACAUCGGCAAACAGGCUACAGCGCCGCUCAUCCUGAUGGAGAACCGUUAAUGGUGUCGGGGAGGGCAGAAUACUCCGAUCGAAUGCGGUUGCCCUCAGUGUUGCGAAUGAAGACUCGGGUUCCGGAGUCAGAUCUGGAUAACCCGACGAUUGAGGACACCCUUCGCGUGUACCAUGCGCCGAGUACGCUUUCCAUCAUCAGGAAGAAAGCUGCAGCCGUCAUCAUCGCGAUGGGCGCAAAUCCCGAUGACGAUAUUAAUAUGAGGGCGGCUGGCAUUACUGUUCCCCAUACCGGGAAUACGGGGGCGGGGCGAGCAGCAUCGCCUGGAAGUACGUCUGCUGCUACACAGGAAAGGAUUAAUCCCCAGUUCCCGGCACCUAGCGUUCGCACUGCGUCGAAUCCGCCGUCGAAGUUGCCUCGCGAUGAAAAGUGGGCUCCCUCGAUUGCGCGACCAGCGCCGGCUCAGGUGAUCAAAAGUGCAGAAGCACGGGGACGCACGCAACAGCGUGCUGCUGAAGCAACGGAUGCUGCUCCGCCACCUCCUUCCGAUACUGCCUCUUCGGAGCCGCGAUCUCGAACAAUGUGUCCGGCCAAGGAGACCACGGCUAAGGGCAAAUCCCGAACCGGAUCCAACGUGACAGGCCUCAUCGAUGAAACUGAUGACACGAGGUCACAUAUUGACGUGAGUGGCAGCCAAGACAAGAAUUCUUAUGUGUGCAAUGACCUGCUUGAGAUGCCAACUUACGGGGUUGACGCUACCGGUGACGUGCUAUGCGCGCACUAA